ACCGUCCCCGCGCCGCGCCAUACCCUGUCACCAUCGACUCGUUCAAUAGUAUCCUAAAUUUUUUUUAUCAAAAACCCAUCUGAAAUACAUAAACUGUUUUCAAUCAGUACAACGAAAUUUAACAUCAAUAUACCCUCAAAAGAUCUCUUUGUGCUUAAAAAUAUCGGUCAAUACUGAAGUCUUAUGAAAAUUACUUACAUCAUUAUAAUUUCGGCGGGAAACAUUGUUCUAUAAAUCGUUAAUGUUAAUGAGUUUUCGUCAUCUAAUAAAGCGUUUCCUCGAAGAGUAUAUAGAGAAGCAUUGAAAAAUUGUUGACAUAAAAUAAAGCUACUAAAAGUGAAAAUGGACAGGUUUUAAUAGACAUGGAGAAGACAAUGCAGGCGCAAUCUUUGAAUAAAAACACAUGCUGGGUGUGUUUGGUGCCACCAUGGAGGUUCACAGACUUAUCAGAGGAGAAACUGUAUCAGGCCUACACGGAGUGGCAAAGGCAACGGGCGGUACUACGGCUGCUUGGUACCGGAUUGUUAUUCCAAAUUUUUGCUGCGAUCAUCCCCGGCGAGAGCAACUUAUACUUCGCUUAUAAUUCCGUACUCAUCGGGUUAACAAUCAAUGUAGUUCUUAUUGUAAUCUAUGCGAUCGCUCGACGAGCACGUUACGUGUUAAAUCACAUUGCAUGGCUUGUCAUAUGGGCACAACUCCUGAUGAGUGUGUCCAGGCGCACUGGAGAUUCCUACAACGAGUUACUCGGAUGGGCUGCCGUCUUGCAAUUUUUCACUAUUGCCACGUUACCUUUUCAUUAUGUGAUACUUUUACUAUAUAGUUUGCUCUCAUUAUCGGGAUAUCUCCUAGUUCAGUAUUACCUGGCGAUGACGAUGGAAAAGAGGCUACCUGAAGACUUUUUUAAUCAGGAAUUAGCAAAUGGUGCCUUACUGGUGGGUGUUACGAUUUUGGGUGGAGUCGCAUAUAUUGUUGGCGAACGCCAACAAAGAAGUUCUUUCCAGGAAACAAAACGAAGCUUACGCGAUAAACUCACGAUCGAACAACAAAGUAAAGAACAGGAAAGACUGUUGCUGUCAGUUCUUCCCGAACACGUCGCCGUUCAAAUGAGACAGGAAUUAGGACUUAUCGACACGCAAUUUAAAAAGAUUUACAUGUCACGGCACGAAAAUGUUAGCAUACUUUACGCUGACAUAGUGGGCUUCACCGCAAUUUCCUCUACAUAUUCAGCUCAAGAUCUUGUAGCAAUUUUAAAUGAGCUAUUUGCGCGAUUUGAUCGACUCGCUGAGAAAUACAAUCAACUGCGAAUUAAAAUCCUUGGAGAUUGCUACUAUUGCAUUAGCGGCGCACCGCUGGAGCGGCCUGAUCAUGCGGUGCUUUGUGUUCACAUGGGAUUGUCUAUGGUCAAAGCGAUAAAAUAUGUACAACAAAUAACGAACUCGCCGGUGGACAUGCGAGUGGGUAUUCACACCGGAGCGGUGCUAGCCGGGGUCCUGGGUCAGAGGCAGUGGCAGUUCGACGUCUACUCGCGCGAUGUCGAACUUGCCAAUAAGAUGGAGAGCAGUGGAAUGGCCGGACGCGUGCACGUAUCUGAGAUGACGUUGAGCUUUCUCAAUGAUGAGUUUGAAGUGGAGCCUGCGUAUGGGGAGCGGCGCGAGGAAAUGUUACGUCAGGCCGGCAUUAAAACGUAUUUCAUUGUGCGAGUCCUUAAGCCAUUUCAGAGCGGUGGCGGCGGCGGUGGUGGCGGUGGCAGUGGCGUUGGCAGUGGCGUUGUUGUUUCGGAAGACAGAACUGUAGUAGACGGCGAGGGAGUGGAGGCGAGCGACAGCGCCGACACGCUGUCAGACCUCCGGGAUGACGACGACGACUCUGUUCUAUCGCCGCAAGACGAGAGCAAAGACAACGAGGAAUCAAAAAUACUCGCCAUGCUAGAAGAAGAACUCGUUAAUAGAGAUGAUGAUAAAGAGCUAGCGGACGCGACCACCGUUUGCCUCACGUUCAAGUCCGUCGAGACGGAGUCAGCGUUCGCGCACCGCAAGGACGAGUGCCCGCUGGCGGCGGUGGCGCCCCCGCUGGCGCUGCUGCCGGCCGUGGCCGCCGUGUGCAGCGUCGCCGCGCCGCCCGCCUGGUCGCUGCACGCCAUCUACCUCGCCCUCGAGCUCGAGAUCGGCCUCGUCAAUGUCCUCUACUACGCCUGCUACAAAUACACACAAUUUAAGAAAAGAACAAUGAGCCCGAUGUGGAAGUUAACAUGCUGCAUGUUCAACGUCACGAUGUUGAUAUCCGCAAAUGUUGCCACCAUGGUGAUCUGCGGAGAUUUCGACAGCGCGCUGUCCGCGGACGGGCUGCGGGAGGAGGCGCCGGCGCGCGGCGGGGCGCGCCGCUGCAUGCAUCCCACUUACUAUUACCAUCUGGGCGCGGGCGCGGCGUGCUGCGUGCUGUGGCCGGCGGUGGCGGGCGGCGCGCUGCGCUCCGCGUACCUGGUGGCGCUGGCGCUGCUGCACGCGCUGCCCGCGCUCUACGCGCCCGACCUGCUCGCCCCGCGCCUCCGCGCCCGCGACCCUUACCACUCCCUGCACGCCAACACCACACACCCCGAUCAACUCCUCUAUGUGCUGACGCACCUGCACAGUGUCAGACACAUCGUCAUGUUAUUCAUCUUAGUGAUAGCACUUCUGGUAUAUAAUCGUUACAGUGAGUCGCUGGAGCGCGCGCGGCACUCGCGCGGGGAGCGCAUGCGCGCGCAGGCGGAGCAGGCGAGCGAGCUGCGGCGCCGCAACCAGGCGCUGGUGCACAACGUGCUGCCGCCGCACGUCGCCAGCCACUUCAUGGGCGCGCGCCACCACCACCGCGACCUCUACAGCCAGAGCUACGCCGAAGUCGGCGUGCUCUUCGCCUCCAUGCCCAACUUCUCAGAGUUCUAUUCUGAAGAAACUGUGAACAAUCAAGGGCUGGAAUGUCUGCGGUUUUUGAACGAAGUAAUCUCUGACUUUGACCUGUUACUGGAAGAUUCUAAGUUCAGUAAGGACAUAAUAAAAAUCAAAACAAUAAGUUCCACAUACAUGGCUGCAUCAGGCCUAAAUCCCACACGACAGAUGCAGCCAUCAGAUGGUGUGCUUGUCCGCUGGGCUCAUCUCGCGUGUCUUGUCGAAUUCGCACUGGAACUACAGAGGGUUUUGACAGCCAUCAAUGAGCAAUCAUUCAAUCACUUCGUGUUACGUCUCGGAGUUAACCAUGGUCCGAUCACUGCGGGUGUGAUCGGCGCCCGCAAGCCGCACUAUGACAUAUGGGGCAAUACCGUCAACGUCGCAUCUCGAAUGGAGAGCACUGGCAAAGCAGGAUGUAUACAGGUGACAGAAGAAACUUGUCAAAUUCUUCAGUGUUUUGGGUAUUACUUUGAGCAGCGCGGCCUCGUGGCUGUCAAAGGCAAGGGGCAGUUGAUGACUUAUUACUUGCAAGGAAAACGAGACUCCGUGACCGGGGAACCAGAAAAAUCCAUGAUGGAGGAUCUGUGCGAGGCUGAUGCGACAGUCGCGUUGCUGUCCAACGGAGACGCGGCGAGCUCGCAGCGCGCGCAGGCCGCCGGCACCGCCGCGCCCGCCGCGCCCGCCGGCGCUGACGUCGACAGACCAUUACUCACUACCUAAAACUUACAUAUAUCAAAUUAAACAAAUCAGUAUGCAUGUUUAUCAGUUCCUUAAAAGUUUUAAUUUUAUUUGACUUAACAAUUGCUCAUUGAUUGCAGCAUUUAAUCUAUUUCUUUGAUGUUAAACAUCGUUAUUCAGAAAUACGUUGGUCAGACAACAAACAUUUUGAAAAUUCCUUUGUAUUAUUGACACAUCAUGUAUUGUAAAAACAUCAUGUGCCCUAAAACAGAUCGUUUAAUUUCGAUAUUACAUACAGAGAUUUUAAUGUUAUAUGUCUGCUUAGAUGUGGGUAGUAUUUACCUUAGUUUAUUUUAAUUUCAAUAAAGAGGUCGUGAUGAAUGUCAGCGAAGAGUUCAGGACCUGAAUAACUUAUUAUGUGAUGAGAUGGAGCAUUACGCUUUCAGCAAUAAUUAUGUAAUAAAACGUAAUAAAGACGUGAAUAUCGUAUUUUUCGUAAAAUGAAAUAUCAUAAUGUUAAGUAGUUUCUAAACUUUUAGCUACUAGUUAGAUAUGUAUAUUGUAGAUGCAUAUUUUACUCAGUAAAUACCUAUAUUUCUAUUAUACACCAUAAAGAUUAUGUUAACAAUA